AUGGAUUUGUCAGGUCCAAGAUGGAAGAAGGGCAAAGAUGGCAAGGACUUCUUAGCACUAGCAGCAGCUAAUCCCAUGUCAGUCAUUGUUGCUGAGCUCAAUGCCUCAUUCAUAAGCUCAAAGCCUGUGGCAAUUUUGUCAGGUCCAGGUGGCGGUGCCAUUCUUGGAGUUGAGCCAAAACAAGCCGUGAUCCUAAACCGUGCUGCCUUUGGCCACGCCGUCGAAAUUGCUGCGGCACAGAAGCACUGGUUCCAACUUAGCCCUGAGGAGGUCUUCUACCUAUGCCAUGUUCUGAACUGCAUCAGGGUUGAGUCACGGGACAAGAAGCAGAUGAGUGAAAAGCAACUGUGGAAUCACUUCAGGUCCAUGUCGGAGUCCUUUCCAGAGAUGUACAAGGCUUACUCGCAUCCGAGAUUGACUCUGGUCGGCCUUUCAUAG